GUUGUCAGACAAAUUGCUGAUCCAGCUGGAGAGCGAUGCGAACCGGAUAGAUGCUGCUUUCGUCCAGUUCGAUUACAGCUGCACUGGCUUUUUGGACAAUUCCGAAGUCAACGCGAUGUUUCACUACCUGGGCUUUCCGGACCCUUCCGAGGACGCGGAAGUCCAAGAUUUGGUGAAGAAGCUCGACAAGAACGGCACAGGGAAAGUCGAGAAGGAGGAGUUCAAGCAUUUCGUGGAAGAGUUCGGUGGCUGCGACCUCCUGUUCGAACGACGGCGCGCGAAGACUCUGCGGGACCGUUCGGGCUCCUCGGCCUCCAUGGACCGCAGCAGAGAAGAAAUCCAGGAUCACAUGAUGUUUGCUGGAAUUCAUCCUGACGCCCAAGCCUACUGGGAGCUGGUCCUGCCGCCUUCGGAGAUCGAGAAUGUUUGCCUCCUGACAGACUGCCAAAAGCGGGCCGUGUCGAACAUCCGGCAGAUCGCCAAGGUGAAUCAUCAGCAGGCUCUGCCAGUUCUGCAAAGACGUGUGAGCAAAUUGGGCUACAAAGACAUGGACUUGUGGACGACCCUGUCGUGGGUCCGCGACUUCGCGCCGCUGAUUGUCCACAUCCACUUCGAUAGGAUGUGGCAGUUUAUCGUGGAGGACACCCACUAUCGGUCCCAGUUCGAAACUGGGAAAUCUUGUGGUCUCAACAACCGGGAGGUCCGUGACCGGUGGGAGCGCGACCUUUUUCAAGGCGCUUACACUGGCUGCCGCGACUUCGAGCGGCCCAAGUAUGGAGUCCUCAACGUGCACAACGAUUACCGUGGAGUCGUCCGAGCCAAACAGUACGGAGACUGCUACAUUGUGUUGAAGGACGUGCGCCUUCGCACAACUUUCUCUCCUGAGGACUCCGCCAACCUAAAGGCAGAGCGAUUGGCCUGUUUGGACUACUACGCUCAUGUCCUCAACGAGUACACAGACAACGAGCUGGAGGAGACCCUCAAGGUGGCCACGACUGGCAAGCUGGGCAGUUCAGAAUCCAUCGUGGCCAAGGGCCUCAAGUACAAAGAGGCUCAGUACCACGGAGAGAUCGCCUGGGCGCGCCACGUCGAGCGUUUGGUGCUCCCCAAGGGCGAAAAGUACGACAACGCGGAGAUGGUAGCUCAUAUCAAGGCGGCCUCUGACAAAAACGGCUGGGAGUGGUGUUGGGACGUGGACGAAAAAGCACGAAGAGAGAAGCUGGAGGCGGAAGAAGCUUCAGACGACAAGAUCAGUGCCUGGAAGGCGAAGUUGAAGGCCAUGGCCGAAGGACCUUCCGAAGGCGUCAAAGUCCCUGAAGGCCUUUGCGUCAGGGGCUGCGGCAAGCCAGUGGCAGUGGGGCUGACGAAGCACGGCAACCCCUACAAGACCUGCUGCCGAGGUGCCAGGGCAAAGAAGCAGGCGUAG